AUGAGUCCACUCACUGUGGACGCCCUCAUCAAGAUGUGUGCGACUUGUGGCAGGCAGAUAAGCUGGAGGAAGAAGUGGGAGAAAAACUGGGCCUCGGUCACGUACUGCUCAGAUUCGUGCAGGAAGCACAAGGUCAGGCCCAAGCCACACUCGCUUGACCUUUCCUUCGAGUCCAAGAUCCUCUCUCUCCUGUCCGAGCGGCGAGCUGUUCAAGGACCAGCUGCUGUCGUUACCUGCGAAGAAGCCGAAGAGGAGACUUUGCAAGAGCGGAAAUGGCGUGUCGCAGAAGAUCACAAUCACACAGGGCCAGCUGGCGAUAGUCGGAAUUCCCUAGACCAUGUUCCAGGCCAUGUUCAAGCUCAAGCUCACGCUCAACCCCCGUCCAAGACUCGAGAGAGGUGUAGGCAAGCUGCGCGGCGGCUGGCGGCGAGAGGCGACAUAGUCAUCACUCAAAAUGGCAAAGUGGUAGAGCCGAGUUUCGCCAAAGGGGUCAUGGAACUGAAAUUCCCGUGA